AGCAACAGCAGCGGCAGUGGCGGCGGGAGUCAGGCGCAGCGCUCGUGGCUGGCGCCCCACGCCUCCCUCAUGCCCUCGGGCGCCAGGUACUCGCUGCCGCUCAUGUCACGCUCAGCGUCGGGUGACAAACGGCUGUCGGCGCCGUCGUGCCUGGCGCCGCCUACGCACUCGGCCUACUACCCGACGUACAGCGCCAGCCCGUCGGCCUACUACAGUUCGCGGCGCUGCAGCCUCGACGAGGGCAUGACCAGCGUGAUCGAGGACGCGUGGCACUACCGCCGCCUGUGUCGCCUCCACCGCAGGCGCUUCUCCGACACGGCGCGGCUGGACACCCCAGGUGGAAACGAGAGCUCCAAUCUCCUGCGCAUGAGGAGUUCUCUCUUAGGCCAGUCUGCUCCGUCUCUUUCGAAUUCAUUGGUGAGUACCCCCUAGAGUUUUAACGAACCCGUUUUCUGUGGUCGGAACGUAUGUGAAAGAAAAUGGUUAUUAUGGGAAACUAUUUUAGAGAGCCUCUACUGUAAACUGGAAAGAAAACGGUUGUAUACACACUCAGAAGUAGAUAUACUUAUGCAUAUUUCUCAGAUAUUCACACGAAUUAGGUAUAUUCGUAUUUAUGUCAUAUACAUACUGUGCGUGCGUGAAUGACAUAUACUACAUAGAUUAGACUUGACAUACAUCCGGU